GACUGACUGGUGGUUCGCUGUUCCGAACUUCCGAUCGACGAAACUGAGUGGUGAAAAUCAGUCUUAAUUCCAGCAAAUCCCACCAAUAGAAGAAACCCUAGUUGGUAACUCGAUCUUGUGCUCAAGAUCCGUCUUUGAAUGCUUUGAAGUACCUUUUAUUUCUUCUCAAUACGUUGACAGGCUCAAAAUUUCCAGGUCUCAAUUUUACUUACUUGCCGUUUAGUUGCAGAGGUUAAGAUGGUUUCCUUCAUUUCUUUUGCCCAUUAACGAUCAGCCUAAUAAUCUUGUAAUGUUGACGACGGGUAAUACCAUUGGUUUACGGGAACAUAGUUCAUCAAGUCAUCUGUUACUGGAAGAUCCUGUCGCUGAGGUUGAUGAUGAGGAAGGAGAAAUUUCUGGUAGGAUACUGUACAAAGCCUCCUUCGAGGAACUUGCAGGAAGCCACUUGCAAUAUGACACAGUUAUAUGGGUCCUCAUAUCCUUACUGCUAGUUUUAGCCUGGGGAGUUGGAGUUAUUAUGCUUCUAUAUCUACCUGUUAGAAGAUAUGUGCUUCGAAAGGAUAUUUCCUCACGCAAACUCUACGUUACCCCUAAUGAAAUAGUUUACAAGGUUGCAAGACCUUCAUUUCUACCUUUCUGGGGUGUUACAAAGAUUGAGAAACACAUACCUCUUGCUCUGGUAAUCGACAUCAUUACUGAACAAGGUUGCUUGCAAUCGAUGUAUGGAAUCCAUACAUUUAGAGUUGAGAGUAUAGCACAAGGAAAAGCUGCUCCUGUGGAUGAGCUACAGGUUCAAGGGGUCUCUAACCCAGGACUUUUGAGGAAGGUCAUUGUAGCAGAAGCCUCCAAGAUGUUAUUGGGAUUUGGUACUAGUUGGAAGCCUAUUGCAUACACUGGUGAGGGGCAAGGUACACCAUCUCGUAUGGGUUCUGUGACUGAGGGACCAGCAGUUGGUAGGUCACCUUCUAAAAUUCGGAAGGAGCCCAGAGGAGUGGUACCUGGUGAUGUGUUACUAAAUAAACUUGAAGAAGUUAAGCAAUCAGUUCAGAGACUUGAAUCACUUAUUGAGAACUCACAAAGUUUGCCUGGAAGCGACUGAAUUGGUGACAUUGUUGCCCCGUCAUCCUGCUGCCAUGUAGAGGACUUUACCCGAGCUUUGUUUCCAGUUACCAGUAAAGAGGAAAGUGUUGCUAUUGCAUCUGUAAAUACAAUAUUUUGGAGUCAAGGAGCUUAGCAGAAUCUUUCUUCCUCGAGGGGGAAAUAAUCUUUCUGGUGACAAACUACUCCCCUUGUUUCGUAAGGAAAAUUUGAUUCAAGAGAUUAGUUAUAUGUAGCUGCCAACAUAGGUGAGAGUUUCCAUUUAAUAUUUACAAAAUUUCUAGAUUUCUGGAACAAUAUGUUGCUUAAUUUCUGCCAAGGUGUCAUCGUUGACUAAGAUCUUUCAUUUCUAGGAUGUGCUUGGUCGUCCAUAAAGUGUACUGGUUUAGUUUUGGUUGGACAUAGCACAUGAGUGCAUGCUCGAUAUUACCCACUUAAAACACUAAUUUUUGAAGUAACAGUUAUAAAUUACUAGAAGGGAACGAAUGGUAGAGAUUGUUUUGCAUCA